AUGGAGUUGACCUGCUUAUGCUGCCUAGCCGAGGCAACUCUCACGUAUAAAAUGUCUGCAAGAUGUGAAUUCCGGGCCGACGAAUGCAACGAUACGAAUCCAUCCAACAGCAUGAUACAGCUGGGCGAACUUUACGCACAACUCAUACAGCUUCCAUCGAAAAAGCUACUAUCGGAUAUUCAACUACUGUACGAUGAUAUUUGUUCCCGAUGCGUGGGUAUGCUGAAAGACUUUUAUCGAUUCCGGAUGCGAGCCAUAAAGGCAUACGAAGAGCUGCAGACCAAAGCGAAUAUUGCUAAAAUUAUCAACAGUUUAGAGCAAAGCAGUGCGGGUAAUGAAGAGACGGAACAAACUAAGGAAUGUAUAGACAAAACUAGCGAAAAUGUCAACAUUCAUCGAUUGCAAAGCUCUGGUAAUACGGACACAGGGAAGUUCGCUUGUACAACUUGCCAGAAACAGUUUAAGAACAGGAAACUGCUUACCAGACACGUGGAAAUUCAUUCCAUCACCAAAAAUUAUAAGUGUCAGUACUGCGAAAUGCAAUUUGCAGCAAAAGCAUCAUGUUAUAAUCAUGAGUUGAGAAUGCAUAGAAAGGCACCAACGCAACGAAAUGGAAAGCAGACACUAGUUUCAAACAAAAAACUUUCAAUUGCUGUUAAGAAAAGAAGAUUACACGAAACAAGCAACGAAAAACCAGAACAGCCACCAAAGAAGAAUUCUCGAUUUCCAUGCGAUCUUUGUUUAAAAAGUUUCACUAGAAAAUCUUCGCUAAACGAUCAUAAGCUGGUGCUACAUGCUGGCGUGCGACAACACGUUUGUCACAUAUGUAACCGAUCGUUUGGGAAGGAAAACUCGCUCAAAACUCAUAUGGUGCUGCAUGUUGGGAAAAAAUAUCGAUGCAAGCUUUGCAGUAAAUCAUUCGCCAAAGGUAGCUUCCUGCGAAAGCACCUCGAGGAGCACGAAUUGCCAGAGAGCAAACGAAAGCACACGUGUGGGGUUUGUUCGAAAAAAUUUACCACCAUGAGCCAUUUGAACGAUCACGAGCUGAUUCAUAGCAAUGAAAAGCCUCAUAAAUGUAAUCAUUGUGAACGAAGCUUCCGUCAGAAGCAGCAACUGAAGGUGCACACUUAUCAACACUUUGGCAAACCGUUCCAGUGCACUUAUUGCGAUACGGCUUACACAUCCCCGUCGCGACUCCAAGCGCACGUAAACAAACACCACCCAAAGCGGGAGCAAAUAUGCGCGAACAAAAGUGGCUUUAGUGCUGGGGGCGAGACGAGCACUGUGCUACAGCCCGAUUUUGGCGAUAAAGCAGUAAACGAAGAAAUUUUGAACGAAAUUUGCUAUCAGAUCAAUUCGAACCCAAUCAUGCUGGAAAAUAUAGAUGCGGGUGGUGUGAAUCUCAUCUGCAACGAGCCAAUUGUCUUCUUAAACGAAUGA